AUGUCAUUGGAAGAGAAAACGGAAAAGAAGCCUUCUGAAACGGAUACUAAAGUAACACCCUCUUCAUUGAAUCGAGAUUCAGAAGUUGACAACCUAGAUGAUUUGGAUGAUUUGGAUGAUUUAUUGGACGAUUUUGCGGACGAUGUGUUGAGUAAGCCACCAGGAUCUGCAGCUGCUGAGGGUACCAAAGAGAAGACAUCUUCUGAAACAAGCCCAUUCAACACUAACAUAGAGGAUUUGGUAAAGGAUUUGAAUAUUGAAGAUCCUGAUACGAAGAAACAGUUUGAACAUUUAGUCAAGCAAUUUGAAAAUGAACACAAGGAUGAUGUUGAUAAGCUUGACCAAAAUCCAGAUUUUGAUUCUGUAAUGAAGGAUACGAUACAAAGAAUGAAAAAGUCAGGAAAAGACAUCGAUGAACAAUUGAAAGAGGACCCUGCAGGCACUAAUCCAGAGGAUAUGCUUUCUCAGCUCUUAUCGGGACUUGGUGGAUCUGGAGGAGGUGAUAUGGAUAUGUCUAAACUUCUUGUAGAUAUGUUAGAGCAAUUAUCCUCUAAAGAGGUUUUAUAUGAGCCCAUGAAAGAUCUCAGUUCAAAGUUUCCAGAUUAUUUGGAGGAGAAGAAAGAAACUCUUUCUGCAGAUCAACACGAUAACUAUAAGAAGCAAUAUGAGAUCUCGAAACAAAUUGUGGCGAUUUUCGAGGAACCAGAGUAUAACGACGAUGAUAGUAAGAAGAGAGAGACUGUGAACUCAUUGCUUGAAGAGUUACAAGAAUUGGGUCAGCCUCCGACGGAGCUUGUUGGAGACGCCGGAGACUUCCCUGGAUUGGGAGGAUUGGGGGGAUUAGGAUCCGGCGGUGGAGCAAACGAUUUUGACUUUAGCGAUAAAGAUAUACCUAAGGAUCUCGAAAAAGAGCUUGAAGAAGGUUGCAAACAAACAUAG